AUGGCUACUCCAGACGUUCAACAAGUGCCUUCCCACAUGCGCACAGUUCCUGGUUCUUUCAAUAUUCCUGUUGCCCGGUUCCCCAGUGUUGCAAAGAAUGAGCCCAUCAACGCGGACAGAAUCGCAUCCACGGUGGUAGAUGCCUUCAACAAGUCUCUUGACACACAAGACUUCCAGAGCAUCGCCGGACUGUUCGUGGACAACGGCUUUUGGCGCGAUCACCUGGCACUCUCGUGGAAGCUCCGCACAGUGCAAGGGUCCAAAGGGGUUGUCGAAUUCCUCCAAAGCUGCUCCGAAUCAAGGGACGGCUUGAGACUGAAGAAAAUCGCCCUCGAUACAAGUUCUGCCGUGCGCGCCCCCCAAGUAUGUACCAUAGACGGAACGGGGAGUGUUCCGGGCGUCCAGUUUUUCUUCACGGUCGAAACCAAACUCGGCUCUGGGAUGGGUGUCGCUCGUCUGGUGUCGGAAAAUGGAAUAUGGAAGAUCUUCACCCUGUACACGGGGCUUCGGAGCCUAAACGGGCAUGAGGAAGCUACAUACCAUCGAAGACCCAAGGGAGCCGAACACGGAGGUCGGCCAGACCGCAAGAACUGGGCGGAGAAACGAGCAGACGAUGCUGCCUACGAGAACGAUAAAGAGCCGACUGUUUUGAUCAUAGGAGCCGGGCAAGGUGGACUGUCAGCGGCAGCGAGACUGAAGAUGCUCGGUGUCGAUGCCCUCAUCAUCGACAAAGCCAACCUCAUUGGGGAUAAUUGGCGCCUACGGUAUCGCCAGUUGGUCCUCCACGAUCCGGUUUGGUACGAUCAUAUGCCGUAUCUCAAUUUCCCAGCCCACUGGCCUAUCUUCACCCCCAAGGAUAAGCUCGCCGAGUUUUUCGAGUGCUAUGCAAAAAUCCUCGAACUCAAUGUGUGGAUGAAGACAACCAUCACGCGGAGUGAAUGGAAUGGCCAAGAGGGAAACUGGACUGUAUCCCUCUCGACCAGGCAAGACGACGGCACUUAUGUCGAACGGACCUUCCACCCACGCCAUAUAAUCCAGGCAACCGGGCAUUCGGGGAAGAUGAAUAUGCCUUGCAUUCCGGGGAUGGAGAACUUCAAGGGAGAUCUCCUCUGCCACUCAUCCCAGUUCCCUGGGGCCGCGAAAAACAAAAGAGGCAAGAAAGCCGUGGUUGUCGGGUCUUGCAAUUCCGCCCAUGAUAUCGCACAGGAUUACCAGGAGAAGGGAUACGAUAUAACGAUCGUUCAGCGCUCCACUACUUGUGUGAUCACCUCCAAGGCCAUUACCGAAAUCGGAUUGAAGGGAUUCUACGAGGAAGACGGGCCACCAGUGGACGAUGCAGACAUUCUACUCCACGGCACUCCCAUGCCGGUUCUGAAAGCGCUCCAGGUGCACGUUACGAAACAGCAAGCGGACCAUGACAAGGAGCUUCUUGACGGGCUUGCGAGGGCUGGGUUCAAAGUCGACCGUGGCCCAGACGGUGCGGGACUUUUCAUGAAGUAUUUCCAACGGGGCGGCGGCUAUUACAUUGAUGUUGGCGCAUCGAAAAUGAUUGCAGACGGCAGGAUCAAAGUGAAGCAAGGUCAAGAGAUUGCAGAGAUUCUGUCUGAUGGGAUUCGCUUCGCGGAUGGCUCUCUGCUCCAAGCCGAUGAAAUUAUCUUCGCCACAGGUUACGAGAACAUGCGAUCCCAAACCCGGUUGAUUCUUGGAGACGAGGUUGCCGACAAGGUCUCUGACAUCUGGGGGUUCAAUGAGGAAGGCGAAAUGAGAACCAUAUGGCAGCAGAGUGGCCAUCCAGGAUUCUGGUUCCAUGGCGGCAAUCUCGCAACUGCACGAUACUAUUCCAGGGUAUUGGCCUUGCAGAUUAAGGCCCUGGAGGCUGGCCUAUAUCGAUAUGGGGAGAAGUAG